AGAUCAGCUUGGAGUCGUACCACGAUGAGCUCUCUUCGGUCUGUGAAGCGACGACGAGUAAUGUCAGGCGCAGAUGGCUUUGCAAUGCCAGAAAGCAAACCAAGCAAACUGGCUACACCUCGAUUCGAGUCGGCAUUCGAGACGACGAAAUCUGCGACGUCAAAGAGAAAUAAAACAGCAGCAGUACCACCUCCAAUAACUUCGAAGCCACGUUCGAGAGCCAAUCCAUUCGCGUUUGUUGUCGGACCAUCUCCCGGUACAAAGCUCAAGCCGCUUCAGCCUCCACCCCCCCCAUUCCAAGCUCCACCUACACCUUUGUUGAAACCGGCCCGACCUCCGGUACUCCCAGCCUCUUCCCCUCGUCGUCUCUACCACCUCAAUUCGAUUCUCAGCUCUGACCCUGCCGACCUCGCAUCUGUAUUCCUACAUGACCUCCCAGACAUAUCGGAUGGCGACCCAGAUCUCACCCAGAGUCCUUCGAAACGAGGAAAAUUCCUGUGUGGAGGGUUGGCGUCGCACGCGUCCUUACUGUUUACACGCUCCCAUACCGCGUUGACUCUAUGGAAAUCCGACAACGACAAGCUAGAGCCAGCGAUCAAGCUCGUAGUCGUAUCGUUCUCUCAUGACGGUAUCGUGUUUUGUGAGCAACAGGCACGAUUCCCACUAUCAACACCACCACCCCUUACUCCUGUCCUUCUCUCUGGACUGACAGCACCGCCCAAAAACGGUCAACAGCUCCUCAUUUACAAACCUUACCAGAUACUGCCAGUCCCUCAUCUUCAUCAAAUGCCCCUACUUAUUUCAGCCCGAUAUAGGGUAUCAGCAUAGAUAUACAUGUGUACAACAAAAGAUAGCUAUCAUCAUAAUAGAUACCAUAACAUAAUUAAUCC